UAAAUUAAGAGAAGUUCGACUGGUACGACGCAUUUAGUCCUCAGACAACGUGAUUAUUCGCUCGCAGGCUACUUAACUGUUAGUAUUCCAUACAGGAUAUACAUUUAAUUUGUGUGAACCUUACUUUAAAAAGUACUACUCAUUUGUGAUCAUAUCGAAAUGGCAUCCAAUCAAGAAACCCCCGCACCUGUCGUAGCAGAGGCAGCUUCUCCAACAUGCAUGGAAUCUGUCAACAGGAUUGCCAAGCUUCCAGCUGUUGAACAAACCAUCCAAACUGUUCAUGGAAUUUAUGAAAAAGUGAAGGACUUCAACAGUGUCACGAACUGGACCCUGCAAACCGCUGAAGACACCGUCCACAAGGCUGUCGAAGUGGGCAAGCCUUACGCCACACCUGUCAUCGAAAAAUUGGAAGGCCCUAUAAAGAAAGUGGACGGUGUAUUAUGUUCUGGAUUGGACUACGUUGAAAACAAAGUUCCUGCUGUAAAAUUGCCACCUAAAGAGCUCAUUCUGCAGAUCUACAACACCACCAAAGACUACGUCAGCAGCCAUGUCAGUCCUGCAGUGGAAACAGCCAAACACAUCGCAGAACCAGCCGUCAAUACAGCCAAAGGCCUAAUCGAACCUGUUGUAGAGAAUGUGAGACACAAGGUGGACGAAUACUUACACAAAAAUCCAGAACAACCUGAAUCAGAGCAAGACAAUAAGCCCAGCGAACCCAAAGAAAAACCGGCGCCUAAACCUUCUAAGAAACAGAGUUAAAGCCAGCAAUAUAGGAAGUGCCAUCCACAUGAUUAUUAGUCAUAAGAAUUUCCAUAUAAAAACAAUAGGCCUUACUUAUUUCAUAAUAUCGCAUUUAAGUGUCCUUUACUCAAUAAGAUAAACAUAAACAAAACUCUUUCUCACAUUUUAGUUUUGUUUGUCUUUUACUGAAUAUACUUUAUAAAGUAAAAUAAAAAGAUAAUUAAUUAGUACUAGUUCCACUGAGAACUCUCAUAGAAGGGCUAUUUAAAUAUUGAUGAAAGACUGUUUGUAUUUCUUGUGUUUUGAUUGUUUAGUUCGUAGGGAUUAUUUUUACUAGGUAUUUUAUUAAGAAAAGUAAAAGAAGAAAGAACAUAGAGGAAGUAGUAAAAGGUUCUGUAUUUUUAAUAAAAUCUAGUUUUACUCAAAAUUUGUACUAUUUAUUCAAACACUGGAAUAAAUAUAAUUAUUAAUAUG